CAGCCGCCAUGGGCACUAUGAGGGCAGGCGAUGCGGGGGCCCCGUCGCCUGCGAAGAAGGCGGCGGCCGCAGCGGCCUCAACAGCCGCUGCCUUUGGCGCGCCGCCCGCCGCUGCCUUUGGCGCGCCGCCCGCCGCUGCCUCUGGCGCGCCGCCCGCCGCUGCCUCUGGCGCGCCGCCGGCCCAGUGCAUCGCGCAGCUCCUCGAGACGGACCAGUCGAUGCAGCAGGGUCACGUCAAGGAGUGGGUGCGCCAAGUGAAGCACUACGUCGACCAUAGUUUGCUCAGCUUCCUGGGGCAGCGCAAGCGCGAGGUGUCCUUCGCGGUGCCCGCCAAGUGUUAUUUGAUUCCGCCGUUGGCCAUCACUGAUGCUGCCUCUGGCGCAAACCUCAGUUCGUUUCGCGAGGUCAUGGACUACGACAACCUGGUUGCGAGCUUCUCCCGCACCAAGGAGUGCGAGGCAGCGGGGGCGGCGUGGAUGUUGGACCCGGCUUGCUCGGACAUCGACGACGUCACCGUGAGCCAGCUCGAGGGUGCCAUGGGCAUGUGGUCGGAGGAGGCGUACUCCCUUUCCUCCAAUCACGCGCCCUCGCGGCGCCUCUCCUUCGACGCGCCUAUCCCCGCCUUGGUGGUCGACGUCAAGGUCGCCCAGCGGUUUGAGCCUAACAAGCUUGGAGUUUGCUUGACAGAGGCUCUGGCCAUGCUCGCGGGGCGCGCGGUGGUCAUCACGUGGCGUGCUGCUAUGAGCGAGGCGCUCCAGCAGUCCAACGAAGACCGCGCGUGGCAUGUGUUCAAUGCCGCGUUGUCCGUGCCCAUCAGGAUGCGUUUGCUGCCUGAUGGCGACGCGACCCACUUGGCCGCUCUGGCAUUUUCAGAGAAGAUGUUCUCUGCGUAUGCUGCCUCUGGACCAGUGUCGAAGCUGGAGGCUGCGCUGAAGGCCUACGGCCUCCAGCUCACAGGAAAAGCGCGCACCACUGCAACCGCCGCGGCGCUGAAAGGUCUGCGCCCUUUCGUCCUCGACGGCGCCUGCAGUUCGGCUUUCGCGCUGGCCGAAGUGCAUUUUCCAGAGCUUCGCGACCGGGCGCUUCUCAUGGGGAUCGGCUUCGCCUGCUCCGCGAGGGGUGGUUCUGACGCCAAGGCCAGGGAAUUGCUCGUUUUCAUCAUGAACAGUUUCCGCGUGGCCCGCUUGACGGGCGACGUCCCGAAGGGCGGGAAACUGGUCGUGAGCCGGGCCGUCGGGCGCGAUAGCAAGACGCCAGGGAUGCUCCACGCGCUCUUCAAGAAAAAGGAGCUCGUCGAGUACAUCUUUCACGAGGCGUUUCUCAUAAACAAGGAAGUGGGGAACGACGUGGCGGCAUGCGGCGGCGCCGACGGGGUGGAGACAUAUUUUGCGCUCCCCGUGGCUGAGCAUCGGAACACCGUGGAUGUCAAGACGAAGGCGAUGAUCGACGUCGCGUGGUCUCUGUGGUCGAGCGCUUUCGACGACGAAAUUGCCGAGCUUGCCCAGCAGGAGUUGCAGAACAGCACCACUGCGUUCGUCUGGCACGCGUACCUCACCGAGACCAGCCAGGGCGCUGGUGCCAAGUACCGCGUCUUCGUGGCCGCGUGCACGGGCGGGCCCAUCACCGCCGACCCCGAUGAGGAUGCAAAUUUCGGCUUGUUGGGGAUAUCCGAGCUCGGGGACGAGCAAAAGGCAGAGCUCCAGAAGCUCCAGGAGCAGCUCGAGCAGCUCCGCAGGAAAACUGUGAAGUUCGUCAGUUUGCCGUCUGUCGGCGGUGCCUCUGGCGCGGAGUACGCAAUGGCGCAGAUGCAAGGCUUGUGGGAUGCGCUCAGCCUCGGGCGCCGCUUCGGGAGGAAGAAGAAUGACGUUCGCGUGUUCAUCCUCUCAGCGGACUUGUUCCCGCCCAACGUCGUCAAGCAAGGCGCCAAGGCGAGGGGGAACGAGCAGGUGGCGUGUGACGAGGCGAAGUUCAAGCGCGUCAUCGAGUCCUGGUUGCAGAAGAGGCAGAAGGAUGAUGUCCUCAUCUUCCUCGACGGCAGGAGCCGCGCGAACCGCAGGGUAAUUGAGUCCUUCGAUGCGAAGUUGGAGUCAGGAGGCACCCACGCGUACGUCGAGCGCUGGUUCGUGCACGAGCAACCGGCGAAGAAGGCGGACCCGCGGUCCGCGGCCAGGGCGUCGAGCUACACGAAGAACAACAGUGAGACAGCCAUUUUCUCGAUGCCACUCAAGGGCCCGCCGCGGGAAGUGCUGCACCGUGCGGAGUUCAACGCGUGCGGCGAGUCCUCGACCGCAGACACGUCAUACAGCGGUAUCCCAAUGCGGCGUUUCUCCGAGCUCCCUCGCAUGGACCACGAGACGAAGAUGAACAUCUUGGGAGCUGCAUCUUGCGCUAGCGUUGACGGGAAGCAACCGCGCCUGCAGGGGGACAUCGACUCGAAGGGCCACCCGUUCUCGCACACCGAGGUGAAGCCGCUCAGCUUGUGGCAGACUCUCGUGGAGCACCACAAAGUGACCCACGCCGUAGACUUCACUCCAGGUUCUGGCGCUUUGGCUGUUGCUGCCUCUGGCGCAAUUGAGUACGAAGGCUUCGCUGCCAACGAUGCGCACCAGGACUGGCUCGACUCCAUCGUGGACAGGUGCGCGAUGCACAAGGCGGGUCACGAGGAGGGGUACGCGGAGCAAUUGGGCGGCGACGCCGAGUUCGUCGAGAAA